UUCAUUUUCUCUACCGAAGUUUAUAAGCUAAUCUUCCAUCUACCAUGCGUCUACGGCUUCACGGAUGGGCGUGAGACUCCGCAAGGCAUCUCGCAUUCAUUGUUCAUAGGAAAUCGACCGUUACACAGGCCAACGACCACGCAGAUCCAUGAUCCGUCGCUAAACAUUCUACUCGGCCCUGCGCCAGUUUUCGCCCUCACCGCGUACCCAAUAUGUAUUUAAGCCUCCGACUUUGGCGCAGAGACUCAGCGCCUGCUCACUCCUCGCCAUGUUUCCCCAGCUGAAGGAUUCCUUCGCUUUCCUCCUUCCUGCCUUCCAACCCAUCUUCAACUUCACCAGUGUUUCUCCUGGGCCCACCGUUGAUCUUGGGUACGCCACGUACGAAGGCGCCUUCGACAGCACGUUCAACAUCACCGAGUUUCUCGGAGUUCGCUACGCCGCUCCUCCGAUAGGCAAUCUCCGCUGGCGGCCUCCUCACCCCCCUUCUCAUGAAGAUGGAUUGCGGCAGGCCGCCAGUCAGCCUCCCAUGUGUCCACAAGCUGGGUUCUACGGGCAUGCAAAGUCCGCUCCCGCUUUCAUGAGAGGCGAGAGGACGGUCGAGAAAGCGACCUUGCUCGACGCAUGCCCAUUGCACGGUAUCUGCCCACAGGACAUGUCGAAACCCUCUCUAGCCGACGAGGAUUGUCUUCUUCUCAAUGUCUACACCCCUGGAGACCUCUCGUCAUCAUCCCAAACCCAACCCGUUCUUGUCUGGUUUCAUGGAGGAGGUUACGCGGGUGGAAGUGCCACCGGCUUCUUUGGAGACGAUAAGUAUGACGGCAAAUACCCACUCGUGCGUGCAAGGGGCGGCCUCGUCGUGGUUGUCGUGCAAUACCGCCUCGGAAUGUACGGCUUCCUUGCCGGGAAGGAGGUGCGAGAUGCAGGGGCCGCGAAUGCGGGACUAUUGGAUCAGCAAUUUGCCUUGCAAUGGGUACAAGAACACAUCCACAAGUUCGGCGGUAAUCCUUCCGAUGUCACCAUCUGGGGAGUUUCUGCUGGUGCCGGCUCCGUCUACCAGCAUAUCGUCGCCAACGGUGGGAACACUACCCCUCCGCUCUUCAAUACCGCGAUCACAAGCUCGAGUUUCCUGCCACAACAGUACGAUGUCGACGAUGAUGUGCCCGAGGCCAUCUACGAGGAAGUCCUGAAGCAGACGGGAUGUAGCAACCUAGAUUGCCUUCGGAAGAUCGACACGCUCAAGCUCCAGCGCCUCAACGCUGACAUGGGCGUCUCGGCCUUUGCCGGUACCUACACCUUCACGCCGGUCAUCGACGGCAGCUUCAUCCGAGAGGCACCUGGUCUAGCUAUCGCACGCGGUCGGAUACAGGGAGCCCAUCUCCUCACGGUGACGAACGCCAACGAAGGGUUCAUGUUCGUCGACGUAUUCAAACCAGACGAUACCCUUGAUACCUCCUUCUACAUUCGCAAUGCAUGGCCCAGGCUCGCAGACGAAGAAAUUGCUCAAGCCAUGGACCUCUACGCAGACCUUCCCCCGGUCGAACAAGCGAGCGCGAUUUACGCCGACGUCGUGUUCGUCUGCCCGACCUAUCGCCUCAUGCGCGCUUUCGACGAGCCCUAUCGAGCCCAAUUCGCCGUCGAAAACGCCCUCCACGGAUUCGACGCGCCCUACUAUUUCCCCGACAUGGCCAACCUGUUCCCCAAACUCUACCACAACGCCGAUUUCGAGACCGCCUUCGCAUCCGCUUUCACCAACUUUGCGCUGUACAAGGACCCGAACCGCAAGGUUGCGGAGGAUGUGACGCCGGCGUGGGCGCCUUGGAGUGACGAAGCUCCCUUCGAGAUGGUCUAUAACAAGACGGAGGAUGGCACCCCCGAAGUGCGCAUGGCCAGGACCGAUGGCCGUGUUUUGGAGCGAUGCAAUUUCUGGCAGACAGUCGCGCUUCAUGUAGGGCAGUAGGUCAAGGCAUGCCUUAGAUGAUGGGACUCGCGUCGUUAUACUUUGCUUCCCUUGUUCUCUGUCAUCCCACUCUCACUAUCGCACUUUCAUCUUCACCUUCAAGUCUGGCUGCCCCUCUCGCUUACCGCUUCUGUGCGAGCAAUGAACGAGG